UGCCGUCAAAAGUGCUCCGUCGUUGGUCGUUUGAGGUUAUCCGCUGCCCCGUGCCGUGCUGUGUGGCAUUUUCACCUGCUCUCCAGCAAGGAAAAGAAAGGCUCAAGUCCCGUUUUUUCGUGCGUGUUCCUGUUCGGCUAGCCGCAAAUUUCAAUCUUUAAAAAAUGGCCCCACCAGCAUACUCAGAUCUCGGCAAGCAGGCCCGCGAUGUCUUCAACAAGGGCUACCACUUUGGCCUGUGGAAGCUGGACGUCAAGACCAAGACCAGCUCGGGCGUUGAGUUCAACACGUCCGGCCACUCGAACCAGGACAACGGCAAGGUGUUCGGCUCGCUCGAGACCAAGUACAAAGUCAAGGAGUACGGACUGAACUUCUCCGAGAAGUGGAACACAGACAACACCCUGACCUCGGAGGUGUCCAUCGAGAACCAGCUGGUCAAGGGACUGAAGCUGUCGUUCGACGGCUCGUUCGCACCGCAAACCGGAAGCAAGACCGGACGGUUCAAGACUGCCUACUCGCACGACAAGGUUCGCGUCGACGCCGACGUCAACGUUGACCUCGCCGGACCGCUGGUGAACGCCUCGGGAGUGUUCGGCUACCAGGGCUGGCUCGCCGGCUAUCAGGUUGCAUUUGACUCGCAAAAGUCCAAGGUUACCGCCAACAACUUCGCCGUCGGCUACUCCACCGGUGACUUCAUUCUGCACACCAACGUCAAUGACGGCCGCGAGUUCGGUGGUCUGAUCUACCAGCGAUGCAACGACCGUCUGGAGACCGCCGUCCAGCUGUCGUGGGCCUCGGGCUCGAACGCGACCAAGUUUGGCCUCGGCGCCAAGUACGACCUGGACAAGGAUGCCUGUGUCCGCGCCAAGGUUAACAACCAGAGCCAGAUCGGUCUGGGCUAUCAGCAGAAGCUGCGCGACGGAAUCACUCUGACUCUGUCGACGCUGAUUGACGGCAAGAGCUUCAACACUGGCGGACACAAGAUCGGCGUCGCCCUGGAACUCGAAGCCUAAGCUGGAGGAAAAUCGUGUUCGUGUUUUAACAAACAGAUUCAAGUUUAAAUAUCUAUUGACAGAGGGCGAGAGAGAUACAAAUAAAACAAAAACCUAAAAAAACACACACACAAAAACAAUGGAAGUAAACUACCACGUAAUAGUAUAAAAACACAUUCGCAUCAUGAAGAAAAGACAGCGGCGGCGGCGGCGGCAGCACACGCGUUUGUCUCGAGAAGCGCGCGCGCGCGUUUUGAACAUCUCCCUUCUCUCUCGGACGGUGGUUGUUAUCCUAGCAUAACACACACACAACUACCCGGAGGCGCGCAUCCGCAACCAGCAGCAGAAGCAGCAGCACACUAUCGCCAGAAGUAAUAAAGUUAUGAAAGUUCAAUCUGAAAAAAAAUCAAAUAAAGAUGGCAAAAUACCAGGAACGGAAUGUUCGAAA